UUGGGACAAGAAAAGUUGAUAGCGCGGAAUAUUAUUGUUGAGAAGAAUAAGAAUCUGUUGGAUUUUGUUCGAAGUGAGGUGAAUAUGCCGAUUGUACUAUUAUCGGGGUUUCCUUGUUCGGGAAAGACGACUCGUGCGAAGGAGAUUGUUGCGGAGUUUGAGACGCGAGCGCCGGGUCGCAAAGUGCAUUUGGUGUCUGAUGACGGACUUGAUAUCAAGAAGGAUUCGUUUCGAGACGCGAAGCAGGAGAAACAGGCCCGCGCGAAUCUGAUGUCCGCGAUCAAACGGCAUCUUUCGCGGGAGGACGUGUUGGUCGUCGACAGUUUGAAUUACAUCAAAGGGUUUCGGUACCAGAUUUUCUGUGAGGCAAAAGCGGAGCAGUCGACGUAUGCUGUCGUGCACGUUGGUACGCCGCCGGAACUGUGUAGGGAAUGGAAUGAGAAGCGGCGCGAGCAGGGCGAUGAUAGCUGGGAGUCUGACCUUUUUGACGCCCUGAUCUUCCGGUACGAAGAGCCAAAUGGCAUGAACAGAUGGGACUCGCCGCUCUUCACACUGCCAUAUACAGAUCCCACGUCCUCGAUCUUCCCUGCGCUGUACGAGUCGUUGAUCCACGGAAAAACCAAGCCCCCGAACUUUGCGACGAUCCUCAAGCCCGCUGCUGCGGUGGACUAUGUCUACGAGCUUGAUCGGCAGACGCAGGAGGUAGCCAAAAUCAUCUUGGAGCGACAGCAGGAUGGCGCGUUGGGGACCGAGGUGGCUGUUGACGGUGCAGGGGACGCGGUGGUGAGUUUACCGAUCGAGAGUGUGUCUUCGGCGCAGCUGCAGCGGUUGCGGCGGAGUUUUGUGGCGCUUAAUAAGGUGCGGCAGAUUGACGCUGGUCGGAUCAAGGGUGCUUUUGCAGAGUAUCUGGAUCGGAAUUUCUCUUGAUUUUUUGUAGUUUGUUUGUGUUUGCAAUUUUUGGUCAUUGGGCGUUUAAAAGUUACGAUAGAAGUGGGAUUUAAGAAUGAAAGGUGGUU